CUCUCCCUCCCCCCACCAUGCCAACCUCUCUGAGUUUCUGAGGCAACGUAGAAGCAAGAGAGAGAGAGAGAGAGAGAGAGAGAGAGAGAGAUGAUCGAUUGGUUGCUUUAAUUCAAGCUUCUCAUUGUGGGCACACAAACAACAAGCUUUCAUGGCUACAUCAAAGCAAAAGGAAGGUGCAACCACCCUGAGAGAGAAGACAAGCAGCAGCAGCACAGUCUCUUCGACCCGCCGCAGCCCGUCGUCCCGAUCGUCGCUUCCGACCUCCCCCAAACGCCGCCCGGAGAAACCGACUGUGCCGUCUCGCGGGCUUACUGCAGUUACCGCAAGCACCGCCGUCGUGAAGCCUCCGUCGACAAGACGAUCGACGGAACGAAAUGCGCCUCCAACAACUGCCCUGAAGGAGAGAGCAGUGCUUAAGGCUCCACCUUCCUCGUCGAAAGCAGUAGCUUCUCACAAGCACUUACCAGAAAAGCCCUCAGCAAGUGCUUCUUCCAAAAGUAGAACCAGCCACACUUCAUCUGUCGUGGUGAGGGGGAGGAGCCCCGGGGCGGUCGUAAAGAGGAAAGAAGCUAAGAAUGGUUCAUUAUCAAGGACAAGUAGUGAUCCUGGGUUGCUAGAGUUUGCUGCAUUAAGUUUACUCGGAAACAAUAAGAUCGAAGAGAGUACUGAAACCACUGUAAGCAUAUCGUCGAUGGAAGAUCACUUGCCGAACGAACUACUCCCCAACCCCAUUGAUGCGAAAGCCGCAGAAGAUGCUCCUCCUCCUCCUCCUCCUCCUCCUCAUGAAUGUAAUAAGCAGCAGCAUGAACAAAGUCCUUUAGAAAGUGAGGGAGUAGUGCAUGAAGAUGGAAGCAGGAGCAAUGAAGAGAUGAUCAAAGAGGACAAUAUUGAAAUUGCACACAACACUACUUUAGAGGAUCCAAAGGGAGGAGGAGGUGAUGAGGUGGGGAAUUAUGAGAAGGAGAAAUUAAUGUUGGAGGUGAAGAAGAACAUAGAAAAGAACAUAGAGACCAAGCAUGGGGGAAAGAAGGAGGCUGUGAAGAGCAAUGAUGUGAUAGAGGAGACAAAGAGUAAGUUGCUGGAGAGGAAGAAGAGCAAGGUGAAGGCUCUGGUGGGAGCCUUUGAGACUGUGAUGUCACUGCAUGGGAGUGAGGUUCAAACUGAUCAAACCCAGGAGAAGGGAGGAGGGGAAAUGGAUUGAAUCCUAGCUCUCAUCUUCAAGAUGCUUUAAAUUUUGUAAGUGCUUGAACUAAUUAAUAUUGCAUUCUCAUUUGUUCUGAUCUUUCAGUAACUACUUGUAAGGGAAAUUAAUUUUAUCCUUGAUGUAUACAUAAUUUUUGGUGAUUUGAAUACAAUUAUUUUGAUUGUUUAUUUCUCUGCAAUAUAUAU